GUAGGAACCAAUGUGGCCAGGUGAGUUGUUUUUGACCGGACCAUAUGAUGUUGCACCAUUGGUCCCAUCUUGGUUUGAGAGCUGACAGAGAAGGGAGAGGAAAGCGAGCCGUCCAUAUUACAGCUGCUUUGUCAGCACUUUUCACGGUGAUGGACCCUCCUGGUGGGGGAGACGAAAGGCGGAGGCAGGCAGAGCGUCUACGAAGGGAGGAGGCCUACUAUCACUUCAUUAAUGAGCUGAGUGAAGAGGAGUACCGCCUAAUGAGAGACAGCAACCUGCUGGGCACCCCAGGAGAGGUGACUGCUGAGGAGCUCCAGCAGCGUCUGGACGGAGCAAAGGAGCGGGUGUCAUCUCAGCCCCACGCUGACCAGCGCUCACAGACCGUUGAUUCUGGUGAACAGCAGAGCAGCAGCGGGGAGGGAGAGGAGAGAGGGGCUGGUGGCAGACGAGGCACAGGGAGCACAGAGCCAGGAGCAGAAACAUCCAAUGGUGACUCCUUACUGGAGUGGCUGAACACUUUCAGGCGCACUGGUAAUGCCACUCGUAGCGGGCAGAGUGGCAACCAGACGUGGCGUGCUGUAAGUCGGACCAACCCUAACAGUGGAGAAUUCCGCUUUAGCCUGGAAAUCAACAUAAACCAUGAUCAGCCAGAGCCAGGGGAGCAUAGUGACACGGUGGACACUGCAGAGCUGCCAGUGACUGCUCCAAAUACAACCUCGCCCUCUUCACGCUCGACUUCCUCCUUCUCCAGCUCUCGCCCUUCCACGACGCCAAGACCGGCCCCGUACCCCUCCCCCCGUCCAGCCAUAAGUAGAAGGUUGCAGACACGGCGUACACGCAGCAGCACUACCACACUUUCUAUGAAUCCCCCCGCACUUCCUCCGCCAGUGGCCGCCCCGGCUGCUGCUCAAAGGAGAGGUGCCACUUUGCACUCUUUAGCCCCACCUCCCGCUGUUCCAAGCAUGCCUCUUGAUCAAAUUACAUCUUUGCAACAACAAGCCCUGAAUGUAGAAGUAGCGCAGGGGCAUGAAGAUACAUCUGCUUCUAUAGACUGUCCCCGUGUGUCGCCUCAAUCGGGGGUACAGUCUCCAGCGGUGGGACACGAAUCACGCAGGACUCGAUCGCGUGGUCGUGCACGCAGGGCUGGAGCGGGGAGUGGGACUUCAUCUCGCGUUUCAAGACGAAGUCGUUCUCCUCUGCACAGAAUACCUGUUGUCAGUGCCAGUCCACCGUCUAGCAGUGCCGUCAGUGGCUCCAUCAUUCAUACUGUUGAGCCUGGCAGUGGCACAACGUCCGUGUCAAUGGAGACCGGGGAGGCUGUGUCAGAACCUGCUGUUCUAACAGAGCCUGCUGUAGAAUCAGGAGAACGGGAGAGUGAAUCGCAUGCGAUAGGAGCGGGAGGCUCAGCAGUGCGACGGCACCCAACCAUCAUGUUGGACCUGCAGGUGAGAAGGAUUCGACCUGGUGAAAACCGAGAUCGGGACAGCAUUGCCAGCAGAACACGAUCUCGGGCCAGGGUUGCUGAAAAUACAGUCACAUUUGAAAGUGACAGUGGUGGAUUCAGGCGCACCAUCUCCCGCUCUGAGCGAGCUGGGAUCCGUACCUAUGUGAGCACUAUCCGUAUUCCACUGAGGCGCAUCAGUGAGACCGGCCUUGGGGAACCCAACUCCACCGCUCUACGUUCUAUCUUGCGCCAGAUCAUGACUGGCUUUGGAGAGCUUAGCUCCCUGAUGGAGACAGAGGCUGACACUGAAACUGUUGCACCUGCCCACACAGAUGCUAGUGGUACAAAUAGUAAUCCAAGCCCAGCCAGUCGUCUACAUGCAAAUGAGAUUGCACUUCAUGGGCAAGUUGGUUCAGGUAGGGUGGUUCAGGAGAGGGUGGGACUGGUGGGAAGUGAAGAAGACCAGAGUGGCCAGGCCAGACUUGGAGGAGUAGUGAGCACCACGGACGGACGGGCCACCAGCAGAGACACCAACAACUUGGUAGAAAACGGAACUCUACCCAUCCUGCGGCUCGCGCACUUCUUCUUGCUCAACGACGAGGAGGAUGACGAACAUCCUAGGGGCCUGACUAAAGAGCAGAUUGACAAUCUAUCCACACGCACCUACGGGCAGGCCAGUCUGGAGGGGGAGAUGGGCCGCGCAUGCAGCGUCUGCAUCAACGAGUACGCUCAAGGCAACAAGCUGCGUCGCUUGCCCUGCUCCCACGAAUUCCAUAUUCACUGCAUCGACCGCUGGCUCUCUGAAAACAACACCUGUCCCAUCUGCAGGCAGCCUAUACUCGCAGUGCAUCAUGACUGACCUAUUAUCUCACAAACACAACUAUCAUGCUCCUGGCUGGCUGAACUGAGCAGACCCAAGUGGGCCUUGCAUGUACAUAGCGCUUUCAUGUUUUAAUUUCUUUGAAAGUAUCCAUUGUGUUGAAGAAGGUUGAACCAAAAGUGUGGGAAAAAAAGAAACUAUAAAUGCAGAGAAUUAACAAAACUUUAUUUUUUUAGACUCAUUAUUUUAUUUUCUUCUUCCUGUGACCUAGUUUGCUGGUCAUAAAGCUUCAGAGGCCUAUGUCAAUAGAUGGCAUUAAUGCUUAAGGAGCUCCUGUAGCCGCUGCUGAAUAGUUUCACUUUAACUCUUUGAUGUCUGAUACAUGUGACGUCUCUUUGUCACGACUGGAACAUACAAAUGACUUCUAGACUUGAUUCAAUGAGUGUAGGCUGUAAAUAACUCACCACUGCUUGUAUUUAAGGGUUUUGAAGCAAGAUGCUCCUCACAUGCCAUCUGUUUAGAAAGGAAGCAGGAAGUUGUCUUUUUUUUUUCUUCUCCCAUUUACCAUUUUAAAGCUUUGACAUCCAUUUUAAAGUGUCCCUUUACGGUUGUUUAAGAAAUGUUUGAUUUAUUGGGAUGUGUAUGAGCAAUGUAUUUAAGUUGAAAAUGAAUUUUAUUCUGUAUGUCUUGUAGUAUUUGUUUUAAGCCCUUAAGUCCCAUAUAAUUGCAAUAUAGAGUUCAUUCAUCAAAUUCACCAACUAAAAUCAGCCACUUUGAAAUCAUUAACAUUAGCCAUACGAGCAGCACAAUACAAAGGAAGUGCAGAAGGCAUGUGAUAAUCAGGAAUUCAGACUUGUUAGUAUGAGUUGUGCAAUACAGAGAGAAAAGACAGUAUUGUUUGUUUUGCUCUUCAUUGUUGUUUACAUUGUAAUGCCUGAUUAUCAUCUCCACUUGAAAACAAAGUCUUGUUAACUCUGAAAA